UAAAGGAUCUACGACUACGGUCCCGCGAAAUAAGAACCAGAAGAACCAGAAGGUACCAGCAUUGUGCAGAGAUCGAAUUCUCGCAGCAAUGGCGUCGAAGGUUUCUCUUAGAAGCAAGGGCAAGAGCUCCAAGGGCUCAUCGAAGUCAUCUGAGGAUAAAUCCACAACCCAAGCCUUCAAGGAGUGGACUACUUGGGCAGUAAAGAAAGCCAAGGUCAUCACUCACUAUGGCUUUAUUCCUCUGGUCAUCAUCAUCGGCAUGAACUCCGAGCCAAAGCCUCAGCUUUCCCAGCUUCUCAGCCCCGUCUGAUCUGAUUGCUUUCUAAAAGUUGGUUUUCAGGAUUUAUAUCUUUUUAUGAUGGAUCGGUGCCUUUUCGUCGAUUCACGACUUGGAUUUAUGUUUUUUGGGGGUUAGAUAGCGCAUGAAGUUUAGAUAGGUUUGGGUAUAAUACUUAGCUGCUUAGGCUUGGUAUGCUUGAACUACAAUAGACAUGUAAUAGUUUGAGCAACAAUUUUAAUUUCUUCUGAAAUAUCUGAUUAUGCUAUCGCUUUACCGGUAUGAAUCUUGGUGCACUUCUCUUCUCC